CAGAGGAAGAGGAAAGCCGGUGAGAGCGAUCGGAGGGGUUGGUAAGGACAGCACUUGGUAUUAUAAUAAAAAUCUGGCACACGCGGGACGCAUGCGCACGGCCGACGGAGACGAGCUGGCCGGACCUUCCCCUCCAGCUUCCCAGGUGGACAGUGGAAUCCCUAUGGGACCGAAGCGUGCGGAGAUGCGAAGGCAGCCGAUGUCUGCAGCCUUGGACGCCCCGGACUCGGCGGGCGUGCGUGGGGCGCACAAUGCCUGCUGCUUCUGCUGGUGUUGCUGCUGCAGCUGCUCCUGUCUCACGAUUAGAAGCCAAGAGGAACAGAGACACAGGAUGGUGUCCAAUGAACUCAGAAGAGAUAACCUUCCAACCUGUGAAGAAAGCCCAAGCCUCACCCUGGAAGAAGUCGGCGCCUGGGCUCAGUCAUAAGACCAGUUAAUGUUCACUCCGGCCGGAAGGAACGCUUUCCGGGAAUUCCUCCGAACAGAAUUCAGUGAAGAAAACAUGCUCUUCUGGAUGGCGUGUGAGGAACUGAAGAAAGAAGCUAAUAAAAACGUUAUUAAAGAGAAAGCAAACCAAAUAUAUGAAAACUACAUUUCUAUCCUUUCUCCUAAAGAGGUUAGCUUAAACUCCCGAGUAAGAGAAGUCAUCAACAGGAACAUGGUGGAACCAUCCCAGCACAUAUUUGAUGAUGCACAACUGCAGAUUUAUACCUUAAUGCACAGAGACUCAUACCCCCGGUUCAUGAGCUCUGCUCUCUAUAAAGAUUUGCUUCAGAGCUUGUCUGAGAAAUCAGUUGAAGCAUAGGAUGUUAUCAAAUAUGCUUAUUAUAAAUAAAACAAUAAAAGAAUUCAUGGACUACAUUUAGUACAAGGAAUGUAGAGGUAGUAUCUUCUGCUGGAGUAAUAACUUGGGCCAUUUUAGUAAGAUGCUUCCUUCUACAUAAGACUAUAUAGUUACAGUAUAAAAUUGCAGCCACUUGCAAUGAUACUUCUGAGAAAAACUGGGGUCUGGCUGUCUUAGAAAGAUAGUAUAUGUACAUUUACCAUAAUAGUAGCAUGUCCUCAACCACAAGGGAUACUCUUGAAGACUCCACACUGCCUGCAGCAUGUAGACCCACUGGAGCAAAUGGAACAGAUUUGUUUUGCAUAAGUCUGGUACCUGAUCACUCUCCUCCCAAAGAAAAGAUAGCAAGUGGAUCACAGCCACUCCCUCUUCUAAUUCAUUUUUGAAUAUUUCACUUAGUGCCAUUACAGGGCCCAUAUUCCCAUUUUACAAAGAUGCAGCACUUUAAAAAUGGUGUUCCACUUUAUUGUAGAAUACGUGUAUAUAAGUACAUAUGUGUGUGUGUCUAUACAUGGUAAGUGUAAAGCACUGCUCUUCAGUGGGUCUCAAGCGUUUGGUAAGAGAAGUAGUGCUUAGAAAAUUCUUUCAUUUAAAAGUUACCAUUAUUUUAUUAUCAGAAUCUGCGAACCUGAAGUUUUAAGUUCACAACUUUGUGUUCAUAACAUUUUCAAAUAAGCCUAUUUUAUUAUUGAAAGAAAUAUGGGCAUUUUUCACUCAGAAAAGAAAGCACAAGAGUUUUAUCUCCAUCUUUAUUUUUUUUCACAGGUAUUAAAUAUUGAGAAAUAGAAGACUAACUAAGUAGGGAUCGACGCAAGACACCUUUUAGCUCCCACACUAAGAUUUUGUUUUAGAUCCUACCAUUUUUGUCAUGGGACGACGGAAUCACUUCACAGCUUACAGGCAACAUACUGGUUUGUAGACCUAAGCCACCCUGAAGGAGUCCUUGACUA